CAUAGGUUGAUUUUUCGAGAUUCUAAAUCAAGGGUGACUACUGACCCUCCCUCCUCCGCCACAUCCUCCACCUCCAGUCCCCUCACAGGGAAAGACACCCAAAAAGGAAAAAGAAAAGGAAAGAAAAGAAAAGAAAAGAAAAUUCACACCCAGCGAGUUUGUUUGAUACUAUUUUAUUUAUUUAUAUUAUUUUUUAUAUUUCUAUUAUUCAUAAAGACUACAAUAAUCUCAAUGUUACUUUUUCUUCCUCUCCUCUCUUCCAGUAUUCUCCGAUUUUAUUAAGCGUAUAUAGAUAUAAUGGACAAGGAGAAAUUCUUCAGAGAUUUCAUGUGAAGAGAGAUAGACAGACUGUGAACAAAGAGGGAGGGAGGGAGGGAGGGAGGAAUUAUUAAAACAGAUAUAUAUAUAUAUAUAUAUACAGAAUAUGGACGAAAUGGCAGCAGCAGCAGCACGAGGAGGAGCAAGGUAUUGGUGUCACAUGUGCUCCCAAAUGGUGAACCCAGUCAUGGAAGCAGAGAUGAUGAUGAUCAAGUGUCCCUUGUGUCAUAGUGGGUUCGUUGAGGAAAUGGACUCCCCCCCUGUAGACCACCACCACCCAUUCCCCAAUGACUACUACCACUUUGGAGGUGGAAGUGGAGGUAGAGAAACUCGAAUUGGAACUGAAUCUGAAUCUGAAUCCGACCAUGCCCUCUCCCUCUGGGCCCCAAUUUUGCUUGGCAUGAUGAGCAAUCACCGUGGCCGCAGAAGAUUCAGAAGAAGAAGACUAGAAUUUGAAGAUGAAUAUUAUGAAGAAGAUGAGAGCGGCAACAACAACAACAAUAGCAGCAGCAGCAGCCAGCAGGAAGGAGAGAGUGAAUUAGAUCGGGAACUAGAAUCCAUCAUUCGCAGGAGGAGGAGGAGCUCAGCCACCAUUCUCCAACUUCUUCAUGGUAUUCGAGCUGGGAUGCUUUCUGAAUCAGACAACUCUGAAAGUGAGAAUAGGGACAGAAAUAGGGAUAGGAAUACUAAUGAAAUUACAGACAGAGAAGGUGUGAUUCUGAUCAAUCCCUUCAAUCAGACUAUUAAACUUGUGCCCAAAGGUGGUGGUGGUGGUGGUGGUGGUGGUGGUGGUAGUGGUUCUUCUUAUGAUUAUUCAUCAAACAAUUCCCGAAACCACCAGAAUCACAACCCAAACCCCAUUGGCUCUUUGGGGGAUUAUUUCAUAGGUCCUGGUUUGGACUUACUGCUGCAGCAUUUGGCCGAGAAUGAUCCAAACAGAUAUGGAACCCCACCAGCCCAGAAAGAAGCAGUAGAUGCAAUGCCCACUGUGAAAAUUGCGGAGAAUAUGCACUGUUGUGUCUGUUUGGAAGACUUUGAGAUUGGGACAGAAGCCAAGGAGAUGCCUUGUAAGCAUAAGUUCCAUAGUGGUUGUAUUCUGCCUUGGCUGGAGCUUCAUAGUUCCUGUCCGGUUUGCAGGUAUCAGUUGCCUUCAGAUGAAUCAAAGUUUGAUUCUGAUGGGUCUAGGAAUAAUAAUAAUAAUGGUGGGGAGAGUUACAAUGGCAAUGGCAGCUUUGGUGAAGAAGAGGGGGAGAGGGAUGAUGAUGACAAUGACGAUGGUAGAAAUGGAAAUGGGAGACAGUUUUCAUUGCCUCUUCCUUGGCCUCUCAGUAGUUUGUUUACAUUAUCCUCAAGGAAUGGGAAUGGGAAUUCCAAUUUCUCCUCAGCAACAUGGUCUUCAAUGUCAGCAUCAUCAACAAAUGCAGCCAGAAAUGCUUCUAAUAUGGAUGAUGAGAAUUGAGUAUGUUACUACUACUGCUGCUAGAAUAAUCACUGAAGUAGUAAUACAUACUUGGCAGCAGCUUCUUGUGCUCUCUAUGUUGCCUGGAUGUUCCUUUGCCUUGCUUGUUUAAUUAUGUAUGUACAUACUCCUUAGUGUUUUCCUUGCUAUAUCAUAUUCUUGUGUAGGAAGAGAGGAGAAAAAAAAAAUACCACAAUUUGUUGUACUUUUUGAUCUAUUGCAUGUGUCUUCAAUAUAUAGAUCUUCUGUUUUUCUAUAAA